AACUAACAAGAAUAACAAACUCUUUUUACUCAUCGUCUUCCUCAAUGCGAUCUUGAAGCUCAAACUCUCGUUCUUCUUAUCUUUGACUCUGAGAUUUAAUAUGGUAUCAGAGUAAAUGAUACUCGUCUUCCGCUUCGACCUCUGAGCUUUGGAAUCGUUUUCGAUGAGUCUCCCUCUGCUUUCUCUCUCGCGAUUUUUCUACUUCGUCGUCCUUGCGAUUAGUGAGAUUUGCUUUGGGAUUCUGGUUUGUUGCUUGUUCGUGAUUCAUCUCUUUCAUUGAUCAUCUCCUUGAUCGAUCGAUUCACUCGUCUGUUACUUUUCUUGUUGAUUGAGUCGAUACUCUUCGUCGAUUGUUUCUAUGGCGAAUCUCUCAUCCCAGCUCCCUCCGUCGUCAGAUUCAGCUCGUUCCCAGACCGAUCAUUACGAGAAUCCAUAUUAUCUUCAUAAUAAUGAUCAUGCUGGAUUGACUCUUGUAACAGAUCGUUUGACUCAAGCAUCAGAUUUUCAUUCUUGGCGAAGAUCUGUUCGAAUGGCGUUGAACGUUCGCAACAAGUUAGGUUUCAUUGAUGGCACGAUCCCUAAGCCUGCUAUCACUCACCGUGACUAUGGUGCGUGGUCUCGUUGCAAUGACAUCGUCGCCACUUGGUUGAUGAACUCCGUUUCCAAGAAAAUUGGGCAAAGCUUGCUGUUUAUCUCUAGUGCAGAAGGGAUCUGGAACAACCUUAUCUCUCGUUUUAAGCAAGAUGAUGCUCCCCGAGUGUAUGAUAUUGAGCAACGAUUAAGUAAGCUUGAACAAGGGUCUAUGGAUAUAUCUGCGUACUAUACUGAGUUGGUUACUCUAUGGGAGGAGCAUCGUAACUUUGUGGAGCUUCCAGUUUGCACAUGUGGGAAGUGUGAAUGUGAUGCUGCUUCCUUAUGGGAGAAGUUACAACAGAGGAGUCGGGUUUCGAAGUUUCUGAUGGGCUUAAACGAGUCAUAUGAACAUACGAGACGUCACAUAUUGAUGCUUAAGCCUAUUCCAAAUAUUGAAGAAGCUUUCAACAUUGUCACACAGGAUGAGCGUCAGAGAUCAAUUCGUCCUGUGACUGCUGUUGAUAAUGUGGCUUUUCAGGCUAUCAACUCGUCUUCUGUAGCUGUUGAUGCUGCUUAUGUUGCAGCUUACAAUGAUGGUCGUGCUUAUCAGAAACCGGUUUGUACUCAUUGUGGGAAGAUUGGUCACACUGUUCAGAAGUGCUUUAAGCUUCAUGGCUUUCCGCCUGGUUAUAAGACGUAUGGAGCAUCACAUUCUCAGAACAGAAACCAAUCUCAGUCUCGGCCUUUACAGGCUCCUCACAAGCCGACUCCAGACAGUGCACAACCUCCUCCUUUGACUAAUGCUGUAGCGACUGUUUGUGCAGAUACUGAUCAUGGUUUACUUCCUAAACCUCCUCCAGCUUCUCCUCAGCUUACGAGUGGUGGUCUGAAUAUGAACCUUCAAAACUUCACACCUCAGCAGAUACAGAGUUUGGUUGCGCAGUUUAAUGCUCAUGUACGAGUUUCAGAGCCACAAGUCCCUUCCUCAUCUGCCUCUUUUCCAUGUGGUUCAAUCACAGAACAUGGUGUCAUAGAUCCUCGUUGUUCUGCUGGAGCUUUCUUGGGGCUUGAUGAUUGGGAAGGGUAGCCUAUACAACAAUCUAUACAUUCUUGAUUCAACUCCUGCUGUUUCUUCUGACAAGAAUGUUUUCUGUAGUUCGCUUUCAACUGAUAGCUCUGUCUGGCAUCACCGUUUGGGUCAUCCAUCUUCAACUGUUUUCAAGACAAUAUCGUCUUCUUUACCAGCUUAUAAGAAUGUUGAGUCUGAGUCUUCACCAUGUUCAGUUUGUCCUUUAGCUAAGCAGCGUCGUUUGGCUUAUAUUUCUCAUAAUAAUCUUGCUUCAAAUCCUUUUGAUUUGAUUCAUGUUGAUGUUUGGGGUCCUUUUAGUGUUGAGUCUGUGGAGGUUUAUAGAUAUUUUCUUACUCUUGUUGAUGAUUGUACUCGGAUCACUUGGAUUUACAUGUUAAA